UAGAGAGCUGUGAAUGUUCCUGCAUGUACAUGGUGGUCGACCGAAGGUGAUGUGGGGGCUUCUUGUUUCCAUGCAGACAGGUGACAUCUCUGAGGGAGGAAGUUCUGAUGUUCAUUUUCCCCCUUGUGAGUGUUUAUAAAAGUGCACUUUGUGGGGAGCUGAGACAAUACGCAUCAGACUCACACACAAGAAGAUGAAGUGUGUGUCGAUAACUCUGCUGUUCCUGGCUACUGUGCUGCUUUCUCAAGUCACCUGCCAACAAUCUGGCCGUUCCUGCCUUUGUCUCAAAACGUCAAAAUCUGUUCCCCGCAGGGAAAAUAUAAUAAGUUACACGAUACAAAGAGCAGGUGUCUGCCAUAUUGAUGCCAUUGUAUUUAAAACAGUAAGAGGUCGUAUUUGCUCUGAACCAAAAAUGCCUUUGGUGAAGAAAGCCAUGCAAUUUGUGGAUGAGAAGAAGGCAAUUAAAACGACAUCACAUCCCAUAUUCUCCACAUCAAUAUUUGAAACAGAAUCAACGCUGAAUACAACAUCACACUGGAAUACAACAGGAUAAACUAAAAACGACUUCACCAUGGACUAUGCGAAUAAGUGAACAUGUCCGAAACAUGUCUGCUGGAUUUUAUUUUAUUUGAAUUGAUUAAAAUGUUUAAAAUAAAAUAUACUGCAUUGCUAUGCAUGUUUUUAUUCAGCUCAAUUGAAUGUUUUCCCCCGCAAUAUGGUUAAUAAUAAGCAAUAAAAAAUGCUGUAUACGAUUAGAUGUAGAGCUAAGACUAAACCUGAAGUUCAGAAGUUCGUGUUUCAUGUGUUUAUUCAAUAACCUGUAACUAAUUUAUAGAAAAUGAAUAAAUAAAAUGU